AUGCCGUCGCCCCGGUCAAGUUCCUCGUCUUUCGAGAGAUUACCACGGCAUCCGGAUGAAUAUUCAUUAAAAUCGCAAGAUGAUUCAGACAAUAGCCAACUGGUAGCAAAUGGCCGGGACAGUUUUGAACCCGCCCCAGGCCACCGAGAACAGAGCACAAGCGAGCCUCUGCUCCCCACUUCUAACUACCGUCCUCCUGCUCAAAAGCCAAAGCGAUUCUCAUGUACUGUCGCUGGCAUUCUGGACUGGAUGCGUGGCCCAUCGCCGCCGCACAAGUAUCGGAUCAACCCCUGGCUGGCCCGAUGGCAGACUGCGCCCGGCCGUCUCAUCGACCGCUACUUUCGCAGUACAAAAGCGAAAUGCUGUCUUCUUCUAGCUUCUCUCUUGUUAUGGGGGAUUGUCUUUCUUUCCAUCUUGCAUGCAAGUGUAGCAGGCCAGGAAAUACCAGACUACGGGAACCCAGUCAAACUUUCUUGCUGGAGUAAACUUUGGUCAAAUGCAACCAAUUGUGGACUUGAUGGAGAUUAUUGUCGUCCAUUUGAUGCAGAAACAUUCGCAUUUCGCUGUCCUGCGGGUUGCUCGUCCUUCAUGGUUCUUGAGCCUUAUUUCGUUGGCCCACAGGAGAUUAAUUACCAGCAACUCGUUAUUGGAGGUGGUGCCGACCAAGACCAAACCGAAGAAGUCUAUCGAGGUGAUUCGUCUAUUUGUCAAGCUGCAAUCCAUGCCGGACAUCUCGAAGACAGCAAGGGUGGCUGUGGCAUCCUGCGUCGAACGGGCAAGCAGAAGAUGUUCCCGGCAAGCGAGAGAAAUGGCAUCUCAAGCGUUGAGUUCCCAUCUUACUUUCCGCUCUCCUUCACCUUUGAUGGGGGUGAGUCCUUAGAAGAUGGAGCUCUCGACUGCCAGGAUCUCCGCUGGCCGCUGUUCACAUUUUCCGUCAUUGUAUCAACACUCUUUUCCCUGGCAGUCACAACGCCAGCAGCAUUUUACAUUUCUAUCUUUUUCAUCGUCUACUUCCAAGUUGCCCUCUCAUCCGAUCCUCCGUACUCCCCAGACUACUACGAAAUAGUCUCAAUCGCCCUCGGUCGCUUCCUCCCAUGCGCAUUUGUCGGCUUCGCCAUCUACUACUUCUGCAUCCGACGCACAUUAACCGACCUAGACGCCCACUGGGACAAGACAAUUCUCUGGCUUGGGCCCUGUUGGGUUGGCGCUCUCAACACGGACACUUUCGAUAAAAUCCCAAUAUCGCGCCUCACACCCCACGACAUCCAACAGCAACCCGGCGCUAUCCCAGCCCUAAUCACCAUAGUCGUCAUCCUCAUAGCAAUAGUACUCACACAAGCUAUCGCAUUCCGAAAUGAAGGCCGCAUGCCCAAAAUGCUAGGUGUCUACGGCAUUUUGGUCGGCGGUGUCAUUAUCCUUCUCCUCGUCCCUAACAUGAACCUCCGCAUCCACCACUACAUCCUCGCCCUACUUUUUCUGCCGGGUACAACUCUCCAAACUCGCCCCAGCCUCCUCUAUCAAGGCCUUUUAAUGGGCCUAUUCAUAAACGGCAUCGCAAGGUGGGGCUUCGACUCUAUUCUCCAAACCUCUGCCUCUCUCCUCGACGGCGCCCAACUAGGCUCCGUCCUCCCUGAAAUCGCACCAUCUAUCAUCAGCAUCCCCUCCGCGGAUACUAUAUAUUUCGACUUUGAAUCUCUCGUCCUUACCUCCGAGGCCGACGGCCUAAGCGUUAUAGUCAACGACGUCGAGCGGUUCCAUACAUUCCGAGCGGACGGCGAGGCAAACGUAACAAUCCCGAGCUGGAAUUGGACGAGACUCGAACCAGAGGACCCCGAGUAUUUCCGCUUUGGAUAUAUAAAGGAGAACGCUAUGGGCGGGUUCUGGUAUGAGGAUUUUACGUCACCUGUGAUGUGGGCGGGUGAUGGGAAGUGGAAUACAUCUGUUCCUGUUCCUAGUUCUGGCGAAGGCUCUGGUGAGGAUUCUAGAUGA